UCACUUUUCUCAAUACAACCAGUUUGUGCGCGUCCAUUCUGAUUAAAGGACCGACAAUACACGACACACAACACUCUCCUUAAAAACAGAAGAAAAAAAAAAACAUUCAAGAAAAAUAUAAAACAACUCAGUGUUUGUGUUGGUUAUCUAAUAAAAAAAGGAUAUUUGACUUUUCCCAAAAACGUUUGAAAAAAACGGAAAUGUUUUCAUAAAACUAUGCGGGUAUAGAUUUAAAAAUCUUAAAAAGCAACUUCUCAUUGUCCUUUUUUUAUGAAAUAAGAGGCCGAAUAAAAAGAAUAUUUUUAUAUAAUCAUAGUCAUAAGAAGGGUGUGUGAUUAAAACUACAAAAAAAUCUAUACACAUCAAAAUCAAGGAUGUAAAAAGGAAACAAAAAAGUAGAUUUUUUUCUUUUAUUUAUAAAUGAGUGUUUGUGUUAUUUAAAAUAUUAAACAAAACUUAAUAUAAGUGUUAAAUAUAAGAAAAUAAAUUAAAAAUAUAUACAUACAUAUAUGAAGAAAAAGUGUUACUUGUUUAUAAAAAGUUUUACAUAUAAAUAUUUGACUAGGAUAAGGUUGCAAUUAAAAAGAUUACAUAAUCAUUUUCAUUAAGAAAAAUACAAAAAAAAAAAAUAAGAUAACAAAAAAUAAACAUAGUUAAUGUCUAAGUCAAACAAAAUUUUUGUUUGCUAAUAUUUGUCUGUUACGCAAUCCAAUCGUGAAGAAGAGUGCAAGUUUUAUUUAAAAAAAAAAAAAAAAAAUCCUCAAAAUUUUGGUGAAAAAAAAAAAUCAUUUGGAGAAAAACGGCACAUACAAAAAAGUCCGGAAAAUCGAAAGAACCUAUAUAUUUUUUCUUCUCCCGUUAAGUUUGUUCUUCGUGCUCUACACAUACCUCUCAUCAUAAGUAAGAUACCUACAAAUGCACCAAUAAAGUAUGUAUAGUAUUUAUAUGUGUGUUUGUACACACAUACGCAAGCAAGUGUUUUUUGUACCUAAUUUAGGUGCUAUACAAUAACUGAGCGAAAAAUACACACACAAAUGUGAAAACGUCUUCGGGUAAUAUCAACAAAUCCUACCCUAUAACUGGCUAGGUAAAAAGCUUUCCUAUGAAAGAGAACCAUCAGGCGGUGGUUGUAAUAACUACGCACGAGUCCGGAAGAGCUAUUGCGCGCAAAAGUUAAAACUCAGCGAAAAAUCAGCCAACUGAGCAAAAGAGAGACAGAAAAAAUGGCUACAGCAAUUGCUUUUUAUAACCAAAGAGAUACAGAGAAAGUUUUCUUACCUGAUUUGAAAACUAACUACCCGAUGAAAAUUACCGUAUAAUAGUUGUUCGCGUUUCGCGGACUAACAACGUUAUUUCUCUCUCAUAACCGUGUAAAAAAGUAUUAAAACUAUUCUGUAGUCAAAAACAAAUUAAAAAAAAAAAACUAUAAUGGAUCCCUAGUAUAAUUGAAUUGAAUCUAUUUGAUUGAAACAACUUCUGCGAUGAAGUUUACAAUCGAAAAAAUAAAAUAAAAAGAAAAAUUAAACCGAAAGAGAAGAAAAUGUGUAAAAGUGGCAAGAGAAGAUAAAAAUGGUGUAAAAUACUUUUUUUUACCAUUUUUUCUUCCUCCAAAAACAUACAUAAAAUCCCAAAAUCAUAAUAAAUUCAACACUAAAAAUAAAAAAAAGUGUUUUCUAUUUUUUAAUUUUUUUUUUUUAACUUUUUUUCAUUUGAAAAAAAUAUAAUACAUAUAAAAAGUGUUAUUCAAAAAGUGUAAAAAAAUAUUAAUUAGUGCGUAGAAUAAUAUAUAAAACUAACGUGCGAUUUUUUCUUCUCUGUAGAAAUCUUCUUUCUUUAUUUAUACUAUCAUCUUACCUACUUCUACUACUACCUUACUACCUUUAAUAUUUUUAAGCUCUAAUGAAAUACUUUUAAAACAAAAACUAUUUCUCUAAAAUUCUAUUAUAGUGUCUUGUUUCGCUUUAAAAAAUAUUAUACAAAUAAAGGAAAAAUUAAAACAAAAAAAAAAUCAACAACGAUCUAGAAGCGAGCGUAUUAUGGGUCCAAUGUUGCCAGAACAACUAAAUAAAAUAAAUACUAAAUGGAAUACCGAUAAUCAUCAACAAAGUAAAUUAAUAACUACCAAAAAUGAAAUUUGUAACUGGGAAAAAUUCAAAAAUGAAGAACAAAAAAUUAAAAAUAUCAACAAUAACACAAACUACCUAACCUACAAUGAUGAUGAUGUUGUAGAUUCAGAUAGAAGAUCCAAUCCGACAUUGUUGAUGUGGAAAAUGUUGCCUUCUGCAGCAAUUAAAGUUGUAGAUACAACUCAACCAUUAUCAACAAUAUUUAUAAAAAAUAUCAACAACACCAAUAUCCUUCAAACAACAACGACAGAAAAUCAAGAAGAAGAACCAGAAAAACAACAAGAACAAGAACAUACAGUGUAUUUCGAAGAGCAGCCAUUUUUGAAAACUACGGCACUCGAGGGAGAUGUGAAGAACAACUAUACCCGUCGGCGGCGAAGAGGCAGGCUAAGGCUUCAACAAGCCAAUCAUUCAGAUCAUUCCCUGACAACAACAGUUACAACAACAACAGAAAAUAAUAAUGACACUACAAUUAAUAAUAAUAAUAACAACAAUACCGCAUUCACAAUAAUAAAUUUAGAUAAUAAUUUUAGAAAGACUUCGCUGCGUAAUAAUAUUCAAGAAGAAGAAAAACACCAACAACAAACAACCCAAAACCAAAUUCAAAAUCAACAACACCAACAACAACAGCAACAACAAAAUGAAAAUAAAUUAAAUUUAUUUAUAAAAAUAAAUGAUAUGCUAACAAAAUUCACCACGUUAUCGUUGAUGUUGUUGUUAUUAGUUAUCACAUCGUUAUCGAAAUUUUAUCGUUAUGUAAAUAUUAUAAUCAACAAUACAACAACAAAUACAAACAAUAAACGUCGUCGACUAGCAGCCAAUAUUAAUAAUAAUAAAAAUAACUUAAAUUUAAAAUUAAAGUUAAAAAUAAAUUAUAAAUUAAAUAAUUAUAACAAUAAGAUAAAUGUAAAAAAUUAUAUAUUUUUAAUUGGUUUAUGUGUUGCCACAACAAUACUUCCAUUAAAUUUAGUUAAUGCAGCUAAACCAUUUUCAAAUUCACAAAAACAUACAAAUCACAAUAAUAAUAAUUUAAAACAUAAUGAUCAUGGCGGUCAUAAUGGAGAAGGACAUUUAUCAUCAGCAUCAUCAGGAGCAGCUGUAUUAACACCAUUACCACCGUUAUUAGCGGACGGCGAAGGUGGUGGCGGUGGCGACGGUAUUGGUGGCGGUUCAUCAGCAUCAUCGGAAACGGAAUUUAUAUAUCAGUCAUCACAAUCGGAUGAGAAUUUCGAUGAUGAUGAUAAAAAUUCAUUAUAUACAAACGCCGAAACUUCUACUAAUAACGCAACGGGUCCUAACAUAACAGUCACAAAAACCCCUCUAUUUCCCCCGGAUCUAUUUACAAAGGAACAGUUAGAAAAUGGUGCUGUUAUAUGUCAUAUAAUUGGUGUUAUUUAUAUGUUUGUCGCAUUAGCGAUUGUGUGCGACGAGUUUUUCGUGCCUUCCUUGGAUGUGAUCAUCGAAAAACUAGGUAUUACCGAUGAUGUAGCCGGUGCUACGUUCAUGGCCGCUGGCGGAAGCGCGCCCGAGCUUUUCACAUCCGUUAUUGGUGUAUUCGUGUCGUUCGACGAUGUUGGUAUCGGUACAAUUGUCGGCUCGGCCGUAUUCAAUAUCCUGUUCGUGAUCGGUAUGUGUGCGCUGUUCUCGAAAACCAUCCUUACGCUGACGUGGUGGCCGCUGUUUCGCGAUUGCUCAUUCUACAGUUUAAGUCUGUUGAUUUUGAUUUAUUUUUUUCGGGAUAAUUUAAUUUACUGGUGGGAGGCGCUGAUACUCUUUAGCAUAUAUAUGUGCUACGUGGGAUUCAUGAAAUGGAACCAACAAGUGGAGAGAUGCGUUAAGAAAGUCAUAACGAAAAAUAAGGUGACUCGCGUUCGAAGCACUGAUCAACUAAUGCCUGCAGUGGAACUUAUGAAAAUACAAUCACCAGGCAAUGCGGCGAAUUCAUCGGAAACGUCAAUGGCAACACAACCGGGUGGUUCGGUGACGUCGCGGGCAGCAUCGGAAACCCGAUCUGGGCCAGCUGGCUCGAGUAGUGGAGCGACAGGUAAUAGCAGUAGUGGAACUACACAGACUGGUGCAAAAUUUCGUCAUGGCCUAUUGCAGCUUAUGAUUCACACAAUAGAUCCGCUUCAUGAUGAUGAUGUUCCAGGCAAGGUGGACGAAAAAGCAACACAACUCCAUGCGAUUGCAUCCCUGAAAGUUCUCCUUGAUGCGACAAAGCCACAGCGUGGUGGUGCCACAACUUCCGCAGCGAAUCAUGUAAAAAUCAAUCUAAAAGAAACCACUUUGGCUGAUCGACCGAAUGGAAACAUCGAUACCACGUUAGAAUCGCCAUCGUUGAGUGCUCGUCGUCCUAGCUGGAUUGAACAGAGGGUCAAAAUUCAGACACGAAGAUUUAGUACCAAAUUCCCCAUUAAUGUGGACCUUAAGCAGGGCAACGAAAUCGAAGAACCACCAGAAGCCUUAAGUAUGGCUUGGCCAUCAACUGCACGAAAACGAUUAACCUAUGUCCUGGUGGCUCCUCUUCUGUUCCCACUGUGGCUAACGUUACCAGAUACAAGAACCCCAAGAGGCAAACAAUUUUAUCCGGUGACAUUUAUUGGCUCGAUAUUGUGGAUAGCCGCUUAUUCAUAUCUUAUGGUGUGGUGGGCUAAUGUAGCCGGCGAUACUGCACGAAUACCACCUGAGGUUAUGGGUUUAACAUUCCUCGCAGCUGGAACAUCAAUACCUGAUCUAAUUACCUCAGUGAUUGUUGCUCGAAAAGGAUUCGGCGAUAUGGCUGUGUCUAGUUCAGUUGGCAGCAAUAUAUUUGAUGUUACUGUAGGAUUACCAAUACCCUGGCUUCUCUAUGGCAUCAUUUACGAUGCACCUGUCGAAGUAAAUUCAGUUGGAAUGGUCUGUUCUAUUACCAUACUCUUCAUGAUGUUAUUAUUUGUAGUAAUGUCAAUUGCGUGUUUCCGCUGGAAAAUGAAUAAAGGUCUCGGCUUUACCAUGUUUUUGUUAUAUUUCGUAUUCGUAGCUGUUUCACUGAUGUUCGAAUAUAAUAUUAUAGUAUGUCCAGUGUAAAAGGCAUUAUUCUACUCUUUACUUAUAACAAAAAAAAAAAAAAAACAAAAAAAAAGCAACAUUUAUAUAUAAAUAUAUAUAGGAUAUAUACACACAGACACUUUCAAAUAUAUAUUUAUAUAUAUAAAUAUAUAUCUAUUUAAAUAUUUAUAUAUAUACAUAUGUAUAAAAACCCAACCCAAAAUAAAAUUUUAAAUUAAAAAAAUUAAACGAAAAAUCCUAAAAUUAAAACAAAAAAACACUAAUUUCCUCUUACAUUAAACUAUUUAUAUACAUAUAUAUUUCUCAUGUUAGGUGAGUUUAAUUUUUUGUUUGUUAAAUUACUUCACUCAUUAAUUAUAUUGAUUAUAUUAAUGUUAAAGAUUAAUUUUAUUUAUAUAUAUAUUUGUGUAUGUAUACAUAUAUAUUAUGUAUAUAUAAAUACAAAAAAUCUUAUCAGAAAAAAAUUUAAAAAAAAAACAACAAUUAUCUUCUUAACAAAAAAAAUGAACAAUACCAUCGUUUUAUUGAUUGACUUUUAAAAAUUUUAUUUUAAGUAAUUUAUAUAGAUAAGAGAUUUAAAUAUUAUAUAUAUGUAUAUAUAUAUAGAUUAUUACUGUUAUAUACUAAAACAAACAUUUCAAAUCGAUUCAUAUUUUAGUUUAUUUUCAAUAUGAACAGAAAAAAAAAUUAAAUAAAAAAUAUAUAUAUACAAAAAAAAGAAACAGCACAAUUUUUCAUUGAAACGAAAACAAUAAAAAGCAAAAAAUAGAAGAAGAAAAUAUAAAAUUUUCAUAUGAAAGAAAGUAAAUUAGAACUUAAAAUCAAUAUCAACCAGCACAAGAUACGGUUAUUAUAAUUAUUAUUAUUUUUUUUUUGUUCCUAUAAAUAUUUCAAACCAAAAUUAUGUAUAAACAUUUUAAUUUAUUAUAUUUGUUUUUCCAAAAAUUAUUGAAUCCAAUUUUUCUAAAUUUACAUUUGUUAAUUUUAAUAAUAUAAAAUCUGAAUUAUUUUUAAGCUUAACAAAAAUCUAUAUAGUAAAAUUUAUCAUAACUUUAAAAAGAUAACAAUGCCUCAACUAUGUAUAGAUAAAAUUUAUAAAGACAAAAAUCAUUAAAUAUACUCUACUUCACACUAAACUUUAAAAAAAAGAAAAUUUGAAUAGGAUUUUAACUUAAAUCAACUUUUUAACUUACAGCCUCAUUUUAAAUGCGCUUAAAUUUUUAUUUUCUCUAGCAGAUUAACUAAUAUGAAUAUUGUCAAAAUGUUUUAACUUCAUUUAUCUUGUUUUGUGGUUGCUCUAUUCUCAUUUACUCAGAUUUUUCUAGGAUACGAAAGAUAGAAAGAAAUUUUGUUUUAAAUAAAUAUAAAUUGUGAUAAAUCCUUUUCUUCUCUCUGAACCGUUUGUGACAAAUUAGAUUUUGUUCACCCAAAACCAUAAAUUCGAGCAUUUACUAUUUUAUAUUUAAAUCCCUUUAUUUAUUUUACUUUCAAUAUCUUCUCUCUUAAAAAAAAACAACAACAAUAUUUGAAAACUCUUUCAAGUUUGCAAUAUUAUAAAUUAAACAAAAAAAAAAAAAAAAUAACCAGUAAAAAUCUGCAGUUUUCUUGCAAAAAAUAUUAAAUAAAAAUACGAAAAUAAAAUACUUCUCUGCCAAUUUUUCUAUAAUGAAACAUAGUACUUUCAACGCAAAAACACAAACAACAAAUAAAAUCAAACAUAAAAAAAAAUUAACUUCAAAGCAAAAUAUAUAUAUAAAACAAGAAAAAUACGGAAAAUACAAAGAAAAUACAUAUUUUAUAAUAUGAAAGCAAUAAUUAAUUAUAAAGUGUUUACAUAAAUUAUAUAUAUAAAAAAAAAAGAAAGAAACAAGUUAUUUGGAGUUUUUUUAAGAACAAAAUAAACGAAAAAAAAAUAUAAAAAAAAAAAUAAAUAAACAUAUAGAAUGUACUAAAUCGUAGGUAUAAAUUGGUAAAAAUGUUACACUUUUUCCUAUUUAUUUUAAUUUUUGUUUUAAUUUCAUUUCUUAAUAUGUCUUUCAAGCAAUGAAAACAUAUCUUUUUAAACAAAAAAAAAACAACUUGCUUUAAACUAUAUUUAAAAAAUAAAAGAUUAAUUUAUUUAUCCUAUAUACAAAACAUUUAAAAAAAUAUAUAUAGGUUUAUUAUAAUGCGAAGUUUAUGCACCCAAAAAAUAUAAUAAAAUUAAAUAAUUUAAUGAUAUAAAAAUUUAACUAAAAAUUCUUAUUAAACUAAAAAUAAAUUGAAAUUGUUAAAGUUUUAAACAAAAAUAUUGCUCUCCUGAAAUAUUUAAUCCUUUCAUAUGUUUUCAUAACUAAACAGCAAUUAAAGUUUACUUAUUAUUUUGAGUUUAAAAAUGAAUUUUGUUUUAUUAAAGUUAUACUUAACAUUAUCUUAUAAUGGGGAUUUUUUCAACAAAAUUAUCUUCUAAGUUUUUUUCAUUCCUACAAUUAAGAAACGGAAAAACUGCACUGAAGUUAUAUGUUGAUUCUGCAGUAAGGAUUCUUUCUAUAGAACAUUUUCAUCAGAUCUAGUUGAGGUAAGGUUAGGUUGUUUGACAUACUGUUAAAUCGAUUGUGCUCCGUACUUAGAGUGAUGAGGAUGACUUAGACCUUAGAGUUGAGAUUAUGACAUCUAUAUAAUGUCAUUCGAAGAAAUAAAAGGCAUUGAUGAAUUUCUAAGAGCUUCAUUUUGUCGGGGAUAAUUUCUUGAUUAUCUGUCAAAGUUCAAAGAAAAACGCAUUAAAAUCACACAAGACACAAUAGUCCCAAAUGCUUUUUAUAGGCAUGUUCAUGUUUUUCUAUUAGGCUAGGCGCAAACAUGCGAUUUUAGUAGAGCGAUUAUUCAGUCGCAAAAAUGGAUCACAAGGAUUUCAAUGCCUAUGAACACACAUGUUUCCCGCGAUUAAAAAUUUGAAAAUCGUGUCUACAGUCAUUGAAAUUGUUGUCAUCUACUUUGCGACUGAAUAAUCGCGCGAUCAAAAUCGCAUGUGUGCGCCUAGCCUUACUGCAGAGCUAUUUUCGCACUUUCAGAACCAUAGGAGCAAUUACUCCAUGCAACGUGUGACGGAUAGGUGUUAGCAUCAUGGCAUUUAUGUUAUUGUUUUCGGGGUCAGUUGAGAAUCAAAUUAUAUAGAAAGACAAGAACAAAUGAUGGAAAUUCGAGUUUGGCAGGAGUAUGUAAACUAAAUUUUCCUCGGAAAGUCAGAUAUUUUACACAGAGAUUUUGUCUAUCGGUACAACAAAAGUGUAGAGGGAGUAUAGGAAUGUCGUUGAAAGUUAUUUUCAGACUAGGUGAUUUAUUUUCCUUCACAUGAAAUCGAUAAAGCAUCAGUUGGACUGUAUCUUUAUACGGUUCAAUAAUUUCAAUUUAUAUCGCGGGAAAAAAAUCUAUAAAAACAAGAUAUGAUUUUUUGGUGAAACCAACUCACUUAAAGUAUUUUUCAUGUCUCGUAAAAAUCAAGAUGUUUCAAUAUGGGAAAUUUUUGAAACCGUCAAUGAUAAAAUUAAAAACCAUUACAUAGAUGAAGGUGAUAGAUGUUAAGUAAAUGAAAUACGGACUUUUAAUCAAUUGUAAAUUGUAAAAUGAAAAAAUGUAUCAGACUCAGCAAAGUAGAGAGUUUUUUUGUUAUAUAUUUCUGCAUACUAAAAGGCCUAUUGAAAUGCUUUAAUGCAACUUUAAUAAGGAAGGCAACUGAACUUCAAUAUUAUAGGUAAAUCAUCGAUUCCUAUUACGAUCUUCAAAAAUAUGUCCGGUUUCUUAAGUGUUGCCUUGAAUUUUGUACGUAGGUAUUCUAAAGCUCGUUUUCAUAGAAAUUACUGCUUGGAUUAUAAUGUAGGUACCUACUCUAAAGGUGAAAUAGUAAUUUUGCAUAUGUAAUCGUAUUUAUUGUGCUCUAUAGCAAUCGAAGCAUUUAUUUCUAUCGAUCCAUUGGAAUUGAUUGAAAACAAAUUAUACCGGAUUAAAGUUAAGAUCGGAACAUGAAAUCUAGUUUAAAAUAAAUAUACUUUCAAGACUAAAUGUACUUUGCUGCAUUACAAGACAUUUGCAUAGUGAACAAAAUGGGCAGUAACUUCUUGUAGUAAAGAAAAAGUUUUUUUGUAAGAAAAAAAAUCUUAUGAACAUUUAAAUGAAUUGUUUGAAAAACUCCAAAAAUGUCUUUAAAUUUUGACUUAUUAUUUUUUUUUUUUUUUUUUUGCUGAAUAAACUUCCUCAGCAUAAAAACCAUCUCGUAUUAAUACAAAAAUACUCAAUCUUUAAAUCUGAUCUAACAAGCAUUUCGUAACACACAUACACAAAUAUAAAACACUUCAGCUUUAAUAUUAAAGAAUGUUCUUUAAUUAAUGUAUACACUCUAAACCAAACUUAAAAGUAAAUUUCUUUAUACAUAUGUAUGUAUAUUUGCCUUUUACUCCAUACAUAAUUUUGCUUAGGCAACCAAAUUUUCUCACUUCAACAAAUUCUUUAUAAAAUCAAAAUAUUAAAAAAUUUCAAACAAAUUUUAAAAUUAAUGCGGUAAAAAAAAUUGACAAAAAAAAUCAAUCCAUUGCGUCCUUAAUGUUAAAAAAGGUGUUGUAUGCAGUUAUUAUAUUAAAGAAAAAGAGAAAAAAAGAGUUUCAUUAUUCAAGGCCGCGAAAAAAUAAAUUCAGUCAUGACUUCUACCAUAAGGAGUUAAUAUAAAUUAAUUUUAUUUUUAAUUUGGUUCUUGAGUUUUACUAUACCUACAUACAUGAAUUUUUAAAUAAAUACAAGACAACAAUGAAAGCCUUUUUUAUAAAAUGAAAUUAUAUAAAAUAAAAUACAAUAAACAACAUAAAUAAAUGUUGUUAUAAAAAGUAAACAUAUAUAUUUAUAUUUUUAAAAAAUAAAACAAAGGCAUAAAAAGAAAUAUUUAAAAAUUGAAUACAAAAUGGGAUAUUUUGUUUGUUUUUACUUUCAUUUAUUUAUUUAAAGAUAAAAGAAAAAAAAACAUUUUUUUUAUUCGAUUAUACAAAAAUCAAUACAGCGGAGGAAGAGAAAAAAAUAGUUAACAUUGUAGAUUAAAAAAAAAAAAUAUUCAACAAAUAAAAUAUAAAUAAAAAAUAAUAAUAAUAUGUUCCUCCGAAUAGUAUUAGAAUUUUUCCCUUGAUUUAUUUUAAUUUUUACUUUAUGUUUCUUAGUGAAGCGUUUUUUUAAAACUUAAAAUUUUUGUGGUAGGAUCUUUGAAGAAGAAAAGAAAUUUCUUGAAAAAUUUUCGUAUAACAUAUCUUCAACAUAUCAAAUUGCAUUGAAAUUUUAUUUUUCUAUGUACUUACUCAUUGUGAUGAAUUAACUUUUUAUUUUUAAAUAUAAUUUUUCUUGGUAUACUAUUUAAGAUUUAAUUGUUACUUUGAUAUAUUUAUGUAUAUUUUAGCAGUCAUUAGAGAAAAAAAAAUGUACAUAUAUAAACAAAACGUACAUUAAGUGCAAAUAUUGCGAUAGUCAGCUAUGAAAUGAUAAAAAUUUUAAUUUGAUAUCUUAUUAAUUAGUUAAAAAAAUGUUUUGAAAAUAUAAAAACAUGCCAAUCCUUUUUAAUCGGGAGGAACAAAGUUUUUAAAAAAUCUAUUUCAAGGUUGAUCAAUUUUUAAUAAAUUAUGUAGAUUUAAAAAUAGCAAAUUUCAGCCUUAAUUUUUAUCAACAACUUAUAGCUGACAUUCGUACCACGAUUUUUUAAUCUAGAGUCAUGAUUCACAAAAGGAAAACAUUUGGGAUAACAACUGAUGUGGGGACAACCAUUCCUAGUAACAUUACUGUCCCCAACAGCCCAAAGGAUUCUGAGACAAAGUUGAUAUUCCAGAUUAAAAAAACUAGUUUCGGGUCGAGUUCGUUGAGGUGACCUGUUCCGAGGUGAGUUGAGUUGAGUUGAGUUGAGCUAAGCUCUUCUCAACCCCUAUUUUGACUUCUCGCAUCGACUUGAAAUAGAAUUAAAAAAUAGUGUGUACUCAUGUACAGUAACACUACUGCUACUACAACUACAAUUGACAAAAAAGAUGAGGAUUCCUAUAAAUAAAUAGAGCUCGGCGUCAAAAUAAAAUCCGAAUAUAAAUGGCCAAAACGGCCGCUCGGGAAAAUGAGUUUUACUCGUGGGUACAUAACGCACCAAAAGAGGUAUAACUUUAAAAAGUUCUAUUUAUACAAAAAUAGCACAUUUCUGGUAAACUCAUAUAAUAACCAUGUUUAAUUUUUCUCGUUUUUGAUUCUAAUAGCUUACCACAAAAGUCUUAAGUUUUUUUGAAUUAAACGAAUCUUACUUCUUAUGAUUAUUUUAUUGUUUUUAAUUAAAUCAUAUCUCUGUUUGUAACCUGAACAAAAAAUAGUUUAUAUGAAGAGAUAAAAAUAAAUUAUAAAGACAACAUAGUUAAUUAAAAAAAGGAGAAAUACAUAUAGUUAUAUAUUAUUACACAAUUGUGUAUAAGUAAUAAAAUACGCUUUUACUUCAUAAGGACUGUAUAAAUUCAAAACAAAAUGAAACACACAAUUAGGAGUUAUUAGUUAUUGAAAUAAUAAUAAAUACAUUUAAAUAAAAAAGACAUAAAACACUUAAGAAUUAAGUUUAUAGAAACAAAAAAAAAAUUACUUCAUAUAUUAUAUACAUAAUAAAAAAGUUCACGCUUCUAUUAAAAUUUAUAAAGAAUAAAACAUUUAAAAAAUAUUUAGACGGAAUGUUAAUAAAAAAAAACUUAAAUAAAAUUACAUAAAACAAUAAACUAUAAUUAAAAACAGAAAAACUUUAUUGCAUUUAUUCAUUCGCAAAACAAAAUAAUAAACAAAAAUGUUAAACUAUAGUUUUAUAGAAGUUUUGAUGUAGAAAUCGUUUUCAUGUUCGUAUAUUAUAUUAUAAUUAAUGAAAUUGUUUGUUAUUUAGUUUAUAAUAAUUUAAUUAAUUAUUUCAGUUAUAGCAUUUUCAUUUUUAAUCUUUUGUGGCUAGAGUUUGAUUCAGCUUUUUUAUCAUUUUAAUUUUUAUUAAAUGAACCCGUUUUUACAUACCAGAAUAAUUAAAAAGCAAAACAACGAUUCAAUAAAAACAAAAAAAAAAGAACUAGGUAAUUUUUGUUUUACUUUAUUUUAUUUAAUUUUCGAAUUAAAUUAAAAACAAGCAUACAUAUAUAAUAUAUAUAAAUCGAAAUCAUGGUUUUUUAUGAAAGAAAAAAAAUUUACAUACAUAUAAAAGCUGAAUUAUAAUCCCACAAAAAAAUCAUAUUAUACAUUAUAAAAAGAAAAAUAAUAUUAAAACUAAAAAAAAUAUAUAUAUAGAGAAAAUGAAGAUAAAAAACAAAACGGAACAAAAAAUGAAGAAGAAUUAUAUUAUAAUGUUAACUAGUUAUGUAGGUCAGUUAAAUAAUAUUUAUUAUUAUUAUUAAUUAUUAAAUUAUUAUUAUUACGAUUAUUAUAACGAAUAACAAACAAAAUUAACUGAGAACAACUAAUUAGCAGCUUAAACAAGCAAAUAAAGUAAACCAAAACAGUUAAAAGUUAUAAGAAAAUAAAACAAAAAUAAAAAAUCAAGCUUGAUUAGAAGGAAGAAGAGAGUUUUUGAAAAACAAAUUAAUAAAUUAAAAAAAGAAAAAAAAAACAAACAACAACCAACAACCAACAACCAAUUAA